CGCCUCUUUGGGCAUCCGUUUUUUUCCUCGACGAAGCGGCCGCCACCGUGGCAUUUCCCUCGCCGUCCGGCAAGGGGCGCUGCGGCCUGGUGCUGAGGGAAGGCGCGAAGGGGGACGAGAAACUACAGGCCGCAGCCGCGACUGUGGCGGUUCUCGAGGGGGCGCCUAUGGCGGGAGAGCGGGGCAAAGGGCCGACAAAUUACAUCGCGCGCCUUUCCGAAUGGGCGGACGCGCACCUCACCCUUGUCCGGAAUAUCAGCACUGGAAUGGCAGUAGCUGGAGUGAUUUUACUGGCAAGGAGUGUUAAAUUGACAACCAAAUUUACAAAUGCUUUGGAAAUACCAUUAGAAUUCGUAGAGAAGAAUGUUAAGCUCCGGGGACGAUUACAACGAGUGACUGAGCAAGGAUUAGAAAUCGAACAUGUUCCUAUUACUCUUCCAGUCAUUUCAUCUUUGCAGAGGAGAUGGCAUUCAGAUGGUUUGUUGCUGGUCAGGCUUGCAGGUGUGGAGCUAACACCAGAUGGGACUCGCUGGUUAAAAGAAGAGGUAAAACCCUCACAAAUGAUGUGGUUCCAAAUUCUGGGAAGGAAGGAUUCAGUGCUUCAUUGCCUUGUGGUAGUAAAUAAGGGCAGGUUUUCCAGCAUCUGUCUGAAUGAAGAGAUCUUGAGGCAAGGGCUUGGCAGAACAGUGAAUAUAGAAGGACUGGUACAUGAAUCCCAGCUGUACUGGAAGCUUCACAAAUGGCUGCUUCAAGCUGAAUUGAAAGCUGUCAAGAAAAAUAAAGGAAUUUGGAAAGAAGCAACAUUCAUAGAGAAGCUUAAAGAUAACAUAAGCAGUAACAAAUAUCUGCAAAAGUUAAGACAGUUUGCAACCUGGCUAAGAAUUCGCUUCUGAAAUCAAAAGGUUUUGUUAGGAAGAAGCACACACCAGAUGGACAAAUAUGCAGCAUUAUGUUUUCCUUCUGUCAGACUGAUAUUAUAACAAACGCUCGGCCUUCUGUUAGUGGCUCCUGCCUGAAGGGGAGAAAGUGAAAACAUCACAGAAAAUACUGUUGGAGAAUUGAGCUUCAUAUAGCGUAUUUAGAUAUUGUUGUAAUUUGAACAUAAGCUUUAAAAAAAAGAUCAGUUUAGUCUAGACUACAAAACUAUCCUGCAGGAGGGAAAAUGAGCAUGCUCUGAGUGGAAGGUUUGGAAGUACUAGUGUAGUAUCUUUUGUCUACAUUGGUUAGCCUGUGUAGCUGCUGACUCACAGUAGUUAGUAGUGAACUAAUUACCGUAGGGCACCAGGAUGAGAGGAGAUGGCCAUUAAACUUACUUUACAAAACUGUAGAAAAAGUUACAGUUCUUAAGGCAGCUUAUGUACUGUAUACUUCUGCCUGCAUUUGCUGUGGCAAGGUGGUGAUAUUUCUUCUGUUACUAGAUGCUAUAUGUAUCUCAGAUUCCAAAAUCUGUAUUGUGGUGAUACCCUUUAUUAGAUGAAUCAAAAGGCCUUGAAAAGUGUGCAAGCUUUUGAAACCACUGCUCUCUUCCUUAGGCAAUGUGUUAAAAAAGUUAAAUGGAAGAAUUGGGAGGUGAAGGCUUACUGCUGUUAAUGAACUGCUGGAUAGCUCAGCGGUUUAUGCAUCUGGUUUUGAGUUCAAAUCCCCACUGUGCUUCAUUGACAGGCUGGACUUGAUGAUCCGUGAAUCCUUGUAAUAAUAGUCCUCGUAGUGUUCAUGAUGCCAAAAUCUUAAAACAUCAUGGUUACAAAAAUUUAACAGCAACCUUUUUACUCCAACCCAUGAUUGCUUUUCUAUCAGCUAGCCUAAUGGAGACACAAUUACUUUGCCAUGUUUAGAAAUCCUUGGUUGCCAUAAACUGAAAAGGUUGCAAGAUUGUUUCUGAAAAAUAUUUUUGGCUGUAUUCUAAGAAUAUUGCAAGUGUUUCAUUUUAUCUGUUGUACCAUGCAAACAUUGUAAACAUCAAAGUGCAGCUGUUACAGCUCUUACUGUCUCAUCCUUUUACAAAUACCAUUCCAAAAGAAAUGAAAUGAUGCCUGUACAAAUGUAUACUCAUACUUAGUGGUGAUUUAUACUCCUAAUGCAGCAAAGUGGGCAUGGGUUCUUAAUAUAAGCUGGUUUUAGAUUAUGAUGGCAAGAAGAAAUCCACUGAACUCUGGGAGCUAAUUGUGUUCACUGGGUCACAGAAACAACCUACCAUUUGCCUUGCAGCUCUUAUAGAUACCAUAGAUGCUGAUUAUGCAUCCUGGAUCUUCUUAAUUUCAACAUGUGAAUUUCAUAGGGAUUAAAAACAGGUUGAGGAGGAAAUGCGGACUAAACAGGUUGAGGAGGAAAUGUACUUUAUUUUGUUAUUUAUAUAUUAUGUUGAAAAGCUUCAAACCUAAGUACACUUACUGAGAAGCACGUUCUGUGGAAAUGUUGGACUUGUAUUCAAGGCAACACACACUAGACUGAGGUGCAAGUUUAUUGUUGCACAAUAUUUACUGUGUAUUCCUUCUAAGAUUAACUGACCUGGUCAUAAGAUCUGAGCACAUGACUAAUUUACUUUGGUGGAACAUUAUGUAUUACCAUUUGUUCUAAACCAUUUAUUUAUAUGCUAAACUGGAGUUUGGCAUCUGGAUAUAAAGCUACUGUUUAAAUACUCUUAUCCCAACAUCUAGAAAUUAGCAGUAGUUCAUAGAGAAAUAAGACAAUAUUCCUAUUUGAAUAUUUCAGUCCAGUAUUAGAGGAAUAUGUAUAUCUUAAAAAUUAACAAUUAAUAGUUGUUUAAGAGCUUUAACAAUAAAGUUAUUUAUUGUGAGUCACUUCUACAAAAUCAAUAAUUUCACAUGUUACUUAGCUCUUUAACACAAUAACAGCAUAUGGUAUGCAUGUGUGCCAAGCUUCUGUUGCUGACUGUAGCACUGCAGAUGGACCUCUGUACACACAUAAAUUGUGUGAUUGCCAGCAGUGGGUUGCUCUUCCUUCUGAGCUUUCCUGGCAGGAUUGUAUUUUAAAUAAGUAAAUUAAGAGCUAGUACCUUAUUUCAAGCAGUUCUUUUACUAUUCUUUGUUAUUAUGUGCCAUUAAAUCACUUCUGAUGUACUCCAAUCCUAUGAAUUAGUGACUUCUGAAAGGUCCUAUCCUUAACAGCUCUGCUCAGGUCUUGUGAACAGCACCCUUGGAUAACUCUGAAAAUGCUGUGUUUCGUGCUGUGGGUCUUCCACUCCACUGAUCCUAAUAAAGAGCCACUGAAGCUCCUAAAGAGCCAUACUGGUAAAAGUAGGGAAAGUAUAGUAGCCCUGGUGGUAGGAGUUUGUGAGAGUGGUUGGAGAAGUGCUUUCAAAUUACUACCCAAAAAUACUUUGGCCACUUAUCACUGUUGUCGUCCCUCUGCAAAUUGAUUGAUUGUACAGAGUUACCAUCAUGAUAAGCACUAGGUGCAAGAGUUGAUUAAAAUCUGUAUCGAGUUUAUUUUUAUGGUAAAUGCAUGAUAGAAUAGUGUUUGUGUUGUAAAACCAAGUUUCUAGUGCCAAUGACAAGGAGAAAUGCUUGAAAACAUGUCAUUGAAGGGUUUAAAACCCUCAAGCAUGUCCUGAAGAGAAAAAAACAGCUAUAUCAAAAGGACAGUAAAGAAGGAGACUGAAGUUCUCAAAAUUAUGUUUAGAGAAUGUUUAAUUAGGAUUCAGUUUGUCCAAUGCAGUUUAUUUAUUUUAAGUAUUUUACCCUGCCUUUCUCCUUGAAUAGGACCCAAGGAGGCUUACAACAAUGAAAGACGGUACUUAACGUUGAUAUCAGUUGACUAUUUAUUGCCUUCAGAGGCAGGAAGAUCUUAUUUUCCUUAUUUUAGCAAUUCACUGUGUGCACAAUAUUUUUACAAUGUGUAGCUCUUACCUUGACAGGUU